UCUACUCCCCAGCUCGCCAUUGCGGUACCUUCAAAUCCCAGCAUUUGCGCUCCUCUUAAAACCUCAGAAAACCACCUGCAAAUCGACCCCCCCAAGAAAGAGUAGUACGUACUAGCAGGUGAGGCCAGUGAUCGACAUGGGGAACUCGUACAGCAACGGCGGCUCCUACACGUCGGGCCACCUGCAGGCGCCGGAGCUGCCGCCGCUGCACCUCUGCUUCUUCCUGCUGGUGCUGCUCGUCUUCCUCGCCUUCUCCUGGUACAUGAGCUACGAGUCGGUGGUGGAGACCUUCGCCGACCAGGGCCGCCUCCUGCUCAUGGUGUCGCCGCUCGCGCUGCUCCUCGCCGUGCGCCUGCUGUCGGGCGGCGACGGCGACGGGCACGGGCACGGGCAUGGGCGGCGCGUCGACCAACUCAUGUCCAUGUCCAUGCCCGAGAGGGACUCCAUCCACCGCGCCGGGGGCUCGCCGUGGGGCGUCGGCCUCCUGCUCGUGCUGCUCCUCGUCAUGGUCUCCUACCAGUCCAACUUCCGGGACAGGUGGUUCGCGCUCUAGCCGCCAACGUGUGAUGGAUCCAUCCGUUGGAAUCACGUCCAAGAGCAUGUACUACGUAUGUAUGUAACCCGAGUAUGUCACGCGCGCGAGAACCAAUCUAAUAGAACGCCAAUCGUGUUUCUUUCUUC